GUUUACGUUUUGACACCAGUCGAUAUUUAGCGUUUUUUCAAAAAUCAGAUCGUUUUCCUGAACGAAAAUGCUAACGAAAAUUGCAAUUCUUGAGCCACUGAAAGCGCCGAAGUUGCUGUUCUUCUAAAGCAAGCGGCUGGUAACAACCGGAACUCUGAACAGCUUGUAGGUUGCAUCUUUUGCAUACACGGAACAGCCAGCCACGGAACAUUUAGAAGGCACGAAUAAUUUGAUACAUUUUUUUUUCACAACAGUGGUUAUCGAAAAAUCAACCAAGCCCGAAACGAAAUGAACGUAAAUAAUAUUACAACAACAAAUUCUACGCAUCCUUGACGGUCUACGUUCGUGUGUAUAAAAUAAUAUAGGGUAGUAAUCGCGAGAUUUGGCUUGAAGAACUUUAUACAGCUGGUAGCGCGGUACAACGGCAAAAUCAAACCAGUUAGCGAUUCCAGCCAAAAUGGUCGGAUGUGGAAUCUGUCUUGCGGAGUACCAGGAGGAAGAGGUGGAACUGCAUCAAAAGAUGUGCGUAGUACGCUUGGUGUUCCGGUGCACUCUUUGCGAUGAGGAUUACAUGAACAAAGAAGGGCUGUGGAAUCAUAUGGACUUACAUGAGAUUGCAGAUGAAAGUAAAGAAUCGCACUAUCAGGAGAUCAAAGCAAACCAAAAGUUGCACCAAUGCGCACUGUGCAACGACCAACGUGCGUAUUUGGAGAGUCACUACCGGGAGCACAUUCAAAACGUUCACGAUGGCUUCAUCUUGCGGUGUUCUGAGUGUGGGGAAAACUUUCAAUCUGAAAAGCUUAUGAAUGAUCAUACCCAAAGUCACUGUAAACUAAAGGAUCAAACGGUCACAUCGGAAUCUGGCGACCAUGAAGCGGAUCAAAAGCUCAGCAGUAUAAAAUGUCCUAUUAAUGUUGAAAAAUUGACUUCUGAUGCUGUACAGUUGAAACAUUCACGAGGAGAAUCAAAUGAAGAAAUUGAUUCACCAUUGCCUUGUGAUGAUUCUGGCGAUUAUUCGCUUAGUAAUAUGAAUGCUGAUAUUGAUACGGCUAAUAGUAUCAUCGAGACGAAAAUCGAGGUACUUCCUGUUGUUACGGCUGAUAGGUCUGUUCGAUCAUUCGCUUGUGAUAUUUGUGGAAUUACAUUUCCCACAUAUUCCAAAGCAUAUUAUCAUAAGAGGAAAAAACACAAGCAUGUGAAACGAGAUCAUCGUGCUAGAAGAUCUUUAAGAAAUAAGAAAAAUGGUCCAACUGUCAAUAAUACGGAGAACAUUGAUCUCAAAAUGGAAAUAACAGUAGAGGAAACAACUUUAAUGCCACUUGAUGGCUGUGGAAGAUCAAUGGCGCCAAGUUCAUCCACCGAAACUGGGAGGAAUGGUGCAGUUAUUUUGACAGACAGGGGUGACCCAGAUGUGGCGACUGAGAAGCCUUCGGGUGAUGAUGUAUCCUGUAACAAAUGUUCCCACUGUGGAAAAAUGCUGUCCAGUGCUGUUACUUUAUCUCGUCACAUCCUAAACAGCCAUGUAACAGUCGCAUGCGAUAUCUGCGGAACUACUUUGCCUAGUCGUUGCGCGAUCAGGUCUCAUAAGCACACAUUUCAUGCGGAACCAAAACACGUGUGUACUACUUGUGGGAAGAAAUAUCACUUCAAAUCACAAUAUCGUGCACAUUUGCCCGCUUGCGAGAGUAGGAAGUAUUCAUGUGAAACAUGUGAUCAGAGGUUCAAACAUGCAUCCACAGUCACCCAGCAUAAAAAACGAUUUCAUCAAAAAGAGUACAAUCUGACGAAUGUCCAGAUUGACCAAGAACAACUGCGAGCCGAGAACAAUGAUCUGAAAAUGGAAAUAACAGUAGAGGAAACUACCCUGAUGGCAUAUGAUGAUCAAGGACAAUCAACGGUAAAUCCAUCCAUUGAUGUUACCACCUCGCACAAAAACGCAAAUGAUCACGCUGUAGUUUGUUCAAGUGAACAGACUAGUAGUGAAAAACAAGCCGGUUCAGAAAAGAUUUCGCAGUCGCUUGCAGAAAAUUUGUUAAGCCAGCCAUAUUGGUGCCAUAUCUGCGGAAUUUCUUCGCCUAGUUAUUCCAAAGCCACACAUCAUAAGCGGACAAUGCACACAGGAUUGAAGCAUCAAUGUCCUCAUUGUUUGAAAAAAUUUUACGACAAAGGAGCCUUAAAAAUUCAUGCGCCAGUGUGUGCGACUAGAAAAGAAACCUGUGAAUUGUGUGGUCGUAAGUUCAAAAACAAGAACUGUCUCACAGGACACUUGAAACGAGUCCACCAUGUGAACGGAACUUCGAAGAAUGUGAAUUUCGAGGGCAUGGAGAGCAGUGAGGAGCAAAAGCUUAAAAAUGUUGAGAAGGUUGAUUCGGAAAAAUCGACAGCACGCUGCAGUGGAGAGAAUUCAACUGUGAGGCUAGAGGAGAAUUCUGAUUCGUUUAAGGUAACGGAGAAGAACGUGCUACCACAUGUUGAAAAUGUACCCUGUACAAAGUGUCCUUACUGUGGGAAAGACUUUUCCAAUGGAGGCGGUUUUCUCCCUCACCACAUAGAACAAAACCAUAUACCAUGCCAAUGUAAAAUUUGUGGCAUAACAUUUGCUAGUGCUAGAAAAGCGACGUAUCAUAAGUUCUCGAGGCACAAGGAACGAAAGCACAAAUGUCCCCAUUGUCCACUAAGAUUCAGUCAAUCUUCACGGUAUCGGACACAUUUAUCCGUAUGUGAACGUAAGAAAUUCUCCUGUGAUCUAUGUGGUAACAAAUUCAAAAGUUAUGAAACUGCUGUCCGUCAUGAAAACAUAUUUCAUCGAGAUAAGAAAGCGUUGAUAAAAACUCGAGUGGUCAUAACUGAAUGUCCGAUUUGUGGGGAAAAUUUCGAUGAACAGCAUUUACUUUUCCGACACGUUGGAGCAAGCCAUCAAAUGACUAUUUGCGUCAUUUGUGGAAAGACAUUCGCCGGUGCUGAUGAGCUGAUGAAUCAUAAGCAUCCGGAGAAUGAUACAUCGAAGGACGUUGAAGCUGAAGAUGCAACUCUUGAAAAUACAAUCAAAGUCAAAGAGGAAUACAUAGAACAAGAAGAGGAUGUCCUAACUGUAGAUCAGAGCAAAACGGAAUCUGCGGAUUGUAGUGGAGAUUCCAGCGAUCGAAACGAGACCCUUGUACGUCAUAAAGUUGAUGGCCAGUUUGGUCCGUGUUCUAUUUGUGGACUUACCUUUGCGACCAAACCCAAAAUGGAAUACCACAUGAUUACAUUUCAUACAGAACCACGGUAUAAAUGUUCGCAAUGUCCCAAGACGUUUCAUUUCGUUAAUAGGCAACGUCGUCACGAGAUGUCUCACAGCAGGAGUCGAAGCAAGAAGUAUAUCCUUCCUUCUUCAGAGCUUCUAUCGAAUCAUGAAGUUGGUGAUCCGUGCUCCAUUUGUGGACUAAUCAUUAGAAAAUACAAAAUGAAAUAUCAUAUGAUCGUGUCUCAUACAGAACCACAGUACAAAUGUUCCCAAUGUACAAAGAUGUUUCAUUCAGCUUUUGCUCUACGUCGUCACGAGAUGAUUCAUGGAACGAUGCUAGACAAGGAGUCUGUAAAUACUUCCUCAGAGCUACUAUGUAACAAGUGUGGUCUCCAGUUUUUUUCAAAUCGUCAGCUGAAUCAUCAUAAGAUGACGAAACAUACUGAACUUCGUUCCAAGCAACCACUCCGUAAUCAACGCGUUUUCCAGAAUCACAUGGAUGUCGAUUCCCAAGUCGUCAAGAAUCAACCUCAUUCGCAACGUAAAAAAACUUCUUCGGAUUGUUCCGAACUCCGUAGAUCAAAGCGAAUAAGUAUUCAAAACGAUGCUUAGAAUCACCAGUAGGCAACGGUGCUUCUUUUUGUAAAAUAUAACUUGUUCAACAUUUUUUUUAUCUCAGGUUAUGAUGA